GUUUAAAAACUCGCGGGGGACCCGACUCAAGAUCGGGGACCCAGCGGCGGCUCCGCGGGGAAACAGCGAGGCUGGCGCAGCGCCGAGGCCGGGGCCCUGGGGGCCCGCAAUCCGCGCCACGGAAUCCCCGAGUGAGUCGGAAUGAACGUAGCCACUGCCCAUCGCAGACGGUGAAGAAGCUUCUGGAGGAACAGAGGCGCCGCCAGCAGCAGCCUGACGCCGGUGGCCUACCGGGACAGUUCCCACCUCCCCUGGCCCAGCCCCUAACCCCAUCUGUGAAUGAGGGUGAAGCUGGCCAUAUUCACUUCCCAGCACAUCAGGAGACUGUGGGGUCUGGAUAUGGCAGCAUGGCCCCCACCACAGGCUUUCCAGACUGGGACCCCAACACACAUGCUGCCUACACAGACAGCCCCUACUCUUACACUGCUUCUGCUGCUGAAGGCUUCCUGCCUCCUGACUUCUACCCACACUCGGACCCAGGGCGACCGUGUCCAUUUCCCCUGGGGAUGGAGGACCCCCUGGAUACCCGGCUCUAUGUAGAACCUUCCCUGCCACAGACAGGAUCCUGGAGAGGUUCUGCACUCCCCUCAGGACCCCCACAGUUGCCCCCUGUGGUCACCGGACCAUCCCUGGACACUGCCCGUGCUCAAAUGCUGGCUUUGGGGCCACAACAGCUGUUAGCCCAGGAUGAGGAGGGAGACACGCUCCUGCACCUGCUUGCGGCUCGAGGGUUGCGCUGGGCCGCGUACGCUGCAGCUGAGGUGCUGCAAAUGUACAGACAUCUGGACAUUCGUGAGCAUAAGGGCAAGACUCCGCUCCUGGUGGCUGCUUCUGCCAACCAGCCCCUGAUUGUGGAGGAUCUACUGAACCUGGGAGCAGAACCCAAUGCCACGGACCAUCAAGGACGUUCCGUCUUGCAUGUGGCCGCUACCUAUGGGCUCCCAAGAGUCCUCUCGGCUGUGAUUAAAUCAGGGGUUCGGGUUGACCUGGAAGCCAGAGACUUCGAGGGCCUCACCCCCCUCCACACAGCCAUCCUGGCCCUCAACGUCGCUAUGCACCCACCCGACCUGUGUCCCGCCGUCCUGAGCACCCAGGCCCAAGACAGGCUGGCUUGCGUCCAGAUGUUGCUGCACAUGGGUGCUGACCACACCAGCCAGGAGAUCAAGAGCAACAAGACAGUUCUGCACUUGGCUGUGCAGGCCGCCAACCCUACUCUGGUUCAACUCUUGCUGGAGCUGCCUCGGGGGGACCUGCGGGCCUUUGUCAACAUGAAGGCCCAUGGGAACACAGCCCUCCACAUGGCGGCCGCCCUGCCCCCUGGGCCGGCCCAAGAGACCAUCGUGCGGCGUCUGCUGGCAGCGGGGGCGGAUCCGACACUGCGCAAUCUGGAGAACGAGCAGCCUGUCCACCUGCUACGGCCCGGGCCGGGCCCCGAGGGGCUGCGGCAGCUAUUGAAGAGGAGCCGUGUGGCACCCCCAGGCCUGUCCUCUUAGGACUCAAACCCAGAACCUGGACUGAUUUUCCAGUCCCCACCGUCCUGUGGGACAGCCAGCGUAUGCUAAUGUUGCAAAUCCGUGAUAAUGUAUGGGGAGUGUGCUGCCUUUUGGGGUCUUACAUUAAAACCCCAGGAUGGCUGCUGAGGGGUAAACAGUCCCCAAUAUUUGGGGUGGUCUGAUACCCCUUCCCCACCCACAAGGGGCCCCUUGAUGAUUUCUGUGAAAUCGAGGCCCCUUGAUUGUUUCUGUGAAACACCCUGGACCCCUAACCCUUUCCCCACCAGGAUCUUUUGUGGUCCCUUCCCCUAACUCAGCUCUUUAUACCUGGAACCCCAGGUGUAACUCCCCUAUACAGUACUGGGGUACCCCCAAAACAGCUUCCAGUACCAUCCCAGUAGCACUCCUCAGGUGACCCCCUAACCUCUCCAGGACCCCUUCCCUUCAGGUCUUUAACCCUGAGACAUAGGAAGGACCUUCUUUGAUUAGGGUCCUACUGCUUUUUGACUCAGAACUGAACAGGGCCCCUCCCCCAGACCCCAGUAUUUCCAGUGAGUCCCUCUGUCUGAAAUUCCUAUUAAAGUCAAUAUGGACUAGA